AUGGAGAAGAACGACGACGGCUGGGAUCUGUUCGCGGUGGUUCGAAGCUGCCGCGCUGCUUCACGGCCUCAGCCGCUGCCGGCGGGGGGGGGCUUGCCCGCGGAGGCGUUCAGACGAGAUAAGUUCAGUAAUCCCUUCUUCUCCAAAACUCAGGAGCCAAAGCUGUCGCCUUUGUCCUGUUCUUCUUCCCAGGCAGGCGGCGCUGCGACGCCGUUGGCCGCACCGCGACGAUUGCUCUCGCGGACUAUUUACCGCUCCAAAAAAAGGAGGAAUCAGCAGAAGAGAGUGGUAUGCGAAGUCCCCGCCGACGGGCUCGCCGCCGAUAUGUGGGCUUGGAGAAAGUACGGACAGAAACCCAUCAAGGGCUCGCCAUAUCCUCGGGGAUAUUAUAGAUGUAGCAGCUCAAAGGGAUGCCUAGCUCGGAAGCAAGUAGAGCGAAGCCGUACAGAUCCGGCAAUGUUUGUAAUAACUUACACCGGUGAGCACAACCACUCGCUUCCGACUCACCGGAACUCGCUCGCCGGCAGCACGCGGCAGAAACUUUCGUCGGCAACGGCCGCCGGAGAACAGGGGAGCCGACCGGAGGGCUCGCCUUGCACGCCGUCGAAGAGGGAAGAAAGCGGGGAGGAUGAAGAGGAGGAAGAGGAAGAAGAAGAAGAAGACGAAGGGAUGCUGCUGGUAGAAGACAUGGAAGUGGUGGGAGAUGAUGAGGUGUUCUUUAUGGGCCUGGAGAAGUUGCAGGACUCGCCGGCGGCGGCGGUCGUGACGGCCGGGACUGCUAACGAA